GGACCAAGCCACCNGAGCGAGCGCGCAGCUCGGACCCUCCCGGACGCAGCUCUCGCCAGUGGCCGCGCGAUCACCGGUCCGCGGCCACGGCGCCAGCCCGCGCCCGCGCCCCAUGGGGUCACAGAGUCUAUAGAAGACACAGCAGCAAGACUCCCAGAUGAACAACCGAAAGGAAGAUAUGGAAAUCACUUCUCACUACCGGCAUCUGCUUCGAGAGCUCAAUGAGCAGAGGCAGCACGGAGUCCUCUGUGAUGCGUGCGUCGUGGUGGAGGGCAAGGUCUUCAAGGCACAUAAGAACGUCUUGCUUGGGAGCAGCCGCUACUUUAAGACGCUCUACUGCCAGGUACAGAAGACAUCUGACCAGGCCACCGUCACUCACUUGGACAUUGUUACAGCCCAGGGCUUCAAGGCCAUUAUUGACUUCAUGUACUCUGCCCACCUGGCUCUCACCAGUAGGAAUGUCAUCGAGGUGAUGUCAGCUGCCAGCUUCCUACAGAUGACUGACAUUGUGCAGGCCUGCCAUGAUUUCAUCAAGGCUGCACUGGACAUCAGCAUAAAGUCAGAUGCCUCAGAUGAACUCUCAGAAUUUGAGAUUGGCACCCCAGCCAGCAACAGUACAGAGGCAUUGAUCUCAGCUGUGAUGGCUGGAAGGAGUAUCUCCCCAUGGUUGGCUCGGAGAACAAGUCCUGCCAAUUCUUCUGGAGACUCUGCCAUUGCCAGCUGUCAUGAAGGAGGAAGCAGCUAUGGGAAGGAGGACCAGGAACCCAAAGCUGAUGGCCCUGAUGAUGUUUCUUCACAGUCUUUGUGGCCUGGAGAUGUAGGCUAUGGUUCUCUGCGCAUCAAGGAAGAACAGAUUUCACCAUCACAUUAUGGAGGGAGUGAGCUUCCAUCUUCCAAGGACACUGCAAUACAGAAUUCUUUAUCAGAACAGGGUUCUGGGGAUGGCUGGCAGCCCACAGGCCGGAGGAAGAAUCGGAAAAACAAAGAGACUGUCCGACACAUCACCCAGCAGGUGGAGGAGGACAGUCAGGCUGGCUCUCCAGUACCUUCAUUCCUNCCCACACCGGGAUGGCCUUUCAGCAGCCGAGACUCAAAUGUGGACCUGACGGUCACUGAGGCCAGCAGCUUGGACAGCCGAGGCGAGAGAGCAGAGCUCUAUGCUCACAUCGAUGAGGGCCUACUAGGAGGAGAAACCAGCUACUUGGGCCCACCCCUCACCCCAGAGAAGGAGGAAGCACUACACCAGGCUACUGCGGUGGCCAAUCUUCGUGCUGCACUCAUGAGUAAGAACAGUCUGCUGUCACUCAAGGCUGACGUGCUCGGUGAUGAUGGCUCACUUCUGUUCGAGUACCUGCCCAAAGGUGCCCACUCACUGUCUCUGAACGAAUUCACGGUGAUCAGGAAGAAGUUCAAGUGCCCCUACUGCAGCUUCUCAGCCAUGCACCAGUGCAUCCUUAAGCGACACAUGCGCUCACAUACUGGAGAGCGGCCCUACCCUUGUGAGAUCUGUGGCAAGAAGUUCACUAGGAGAGANCACAUGAAGCGGCAUACUCUGGUCCACAGCAAGGACAAGAAGUACGUGUGCAAAGUGUGCAGCCGUGUGUUCAUGUCUGCAGCCAGNGUGGGCAUUAAGCACGGCUCUCGUCGCCAUGGGGUGUGUGCAGACUGUGCUGGCCGGGGUGUGGGCACGCCGCUGGACCAUGGUGGAGGUGGCGAGGGCUCCCCUGAGGCGCUGUUUGCUGGUGAAGGGCCGUACCUGGAGGAUCCGGAUGAUCCUCGAGGGGAGGCUGAGGAGGAGCUGGUUGAGGAUGAGGAUGAGGACAUGGCCAAGUGGAAGGACGAUGUGGGCUUGGCCCAUGAGGAUGCACUGCUGGGGGAUGACAAGGAUGAUGAAGACUCUCCACAGGGGCCUCACAGCCCCUCUGGGGAGCCUGAUAAAGACUUUGCCUGGAUCUCCUAGGGGCUCUGCUCUAGUGGGCAGGGUGAGUGAUGGCUGAAUCGCUUUGUCCACCUGUGUGUGUGUCUUAGUGGAUCUUUACUUACCCAGGAGCAGGACCAUGCUUACUCCUUGAAGCUCCUCCUAAAGGCCCCUCCUCCGUGCUAUACCCCUCUCCAUUACAGAAACUGGUCCUGUGAGCUAAAAAGUGGGUGUGACUCGUGACUGGGGAGCACUAGGACUGAACACGAAGUGAGGGGUACAGUGUGGGUUUAAGAAAAGGGAGAGUGCAUGCUCCCACCUGUCCAGGUAUUAAUGGAAUCCCCAGCAGGUGUCUAGAUGUAUGGGCAGGGCUGCACCAAGGCCUGGGCAUGCUUCCUCAGGGUAUCAAAGGAGCCCUUUGUUGUGAACCUGGCUAGGAAUGCAAGAUGACUCGGAGUAUAGGUCAGGGUCAGCACUGGAUACGGUCAUGAGGGCAGUCCUGCAGACUGCAGGCCUGAGUAAGUGUUGAGUUUUGCAUAAACACAAACUGCUCCAUCCACAGCACUGCUCAAUCUCCUUCUAUCCCCCCUCCCCAAGCAGUCAGGUUAUGGGCUAUGGCCCUAUGUCACUCUGUCCUCUUGGUUUCUGCUGCCCUAUGGCAGCUGGUGGAAUCUAUUGGGCAAAAAGUCCUGCAACCCUCUUACCUCCAGGCUUUGGUGCUUAACACAAAAUGACUGCAGAUGCCUCUCUGGAAGCCCUAGGCUCCAGGUGCUAUCUCUGUGGGAAGCAGCUACCUAAUUGGCAGGCCGAGGAGGAGUGCUGUCUGUCCAAGAGGGGACCUGUGGCCGGAUACUUUCCACUUUAGGCUCACAGGGUUGAGUUGCCAAGGUCACAGCUCUUUGUUCUGUGUGCACUUUCUUGGAGAACCCCAUUGUGCACCCUGAGUUCUGCCUGUGCUUCGGCUGAUCCCAUAUUGGACUGGAUAGAGCUCAGCUCUUGCCUUUGUUGCUGCUAACACUGGAGGUGGGUGUUCCUAGCUGCAGUGUGCUGCUAUGCCUCUCUGCCUAGGAACCAAAUUUUAAAGAAGUCAGAGACAUUUUGAGGUGGUUACUACAGAUUACUUUGUUUCACAUUGUUUUCCUCACUCGACAGGACUGACAGGAUUAUGGGGGUGGUUCCUUUAACUCUUCACCACGUCCUCUAGCUGUAUUUCUGAAGGCUCUCACACUUCUUCUGUGAAGCGUGGGCUUCAUUUCCAUGGCUCUGAGGCCCAGAGAGACAGCUGUCCACUUAUCGGCAGGGUAGUCAUAGACAUAGAUGCUGCAGCCUGCCCUCCUCUUGAGGCUGUUUCUGACAAACUAUCAAGACAUUCCGUCCCUCAUCCACCUCAGCUCCCAAAGGCCCACUGCAGUGGUGUUCAGUGAGCACUCUGAUGAGUGCUGAUGGGCUAACCCUACCCUGUACAAGGGCUCAUAAGGCUACUAAGCACUAGGGCCAAUUAAAGAAUUUUGGUUUCCCUUUCUCAGACAAAUAGCUUUUAUACUUUUUUUUUUUUAAACUGACACAUCUGUUCUGUUGGUAAGUAAGGAGACACCCGGUAAAACUAAUUUAGGUUCCAAUGGUUGUG